AUGAGCGACUCUGGCGGCCAAGCUGUUCUUGACUUUUACCGGUACAGGCCUUCUAUCUCAGCAGCCGUGAUCUUCAUCGUCUUAUUCGCCAUAACGACCACCUGGCAUAUCUACCAACUCGCGAGAAACAAAUCCUGGUAUUUCAUUGCAUUUGUUCUUGGGGGGAUUUUCCAGAUAAUAGGUUAUGCUGCCCGAGCAGCAGCGCAUUCGAACACGGGAAGCAUCCCUAUCUAUUCUAUCCAAGCAAUCCUCAUUUUGCUAGCCCCAGCACUCUAUGCCGGAUCCAUAUACAUGGUCCUCGGUAGAAUCAUACGCUAUCUCCAUGCUGAGCACUUUAGUCUGGUCCCAUUGAAAUGGCUGACUGGUAUAUUCGUGACUGGUGAUGUUAUUGCAUUUGUGGCGCAGGCAGUAGGUGGUGCGACCAUGGCCAGCCACAGCCUUAGUGCCAGGACUACGGGUGAAUACAUCACAAUUGGCGGUCUCUGCGUGCAACUCGUCUUCUUCACAUUUUUCGUGAUUACCUCGGCUAUCUUUCACAGACGGAUUCGCUCGAAUCCAACACAACGAGUUCUCCAACUGGGACAGAGCCCCAAUCAAGCGGCGCUUCGCAGCUGGGAGUCCGCCCUUUGGGGUCUGUAUAUUGCCAGCGCGCUGAUUCUGGUACGAUCGAUCUUCCGUCUUGUUGAGUACGCGCAGGGAAACGAUGGGUAUUUGAUCGGCCAUGAGGUGUUCAUGUAUGUGUUUGAUGCGAUGUUGAUGGGUUUUGCCAUGGUUACAAUGAAUGUAUUUCAUCCGUCGGUAAUAUUGGCUGGUGAUUAUAAACAUGGCCAGGAUUCGAUGCAGAGUUUGAGAUCGGUAUCACAGACGCAGUUGGAAAAUAUAGGGUGA